AUGGCUCCCGUAGUCCGCAGUCUACACUCUAGGCAAUUACUCUGGAGGGGGCAGUUCCUGUGUAUGGGCAGGAGACGAUGCCAGAGCUAUCGGAGCAUAUGCCAGGCCUCUGCUGCAGAACCACACAGAGCAGGCCACAUACAAAAGUCCCAGAAUGAAGCCCUCAUUUUCAUAAGUAGUGUUCUUCCAGUUCAUCUGGGCUGGCUAUCACGCAUUCCAUAUGUAAACCUGAAUGCUAUGGUCUUACAGCGGCUGGAGAAGCUUGGAGUUAAAGGUGCUGAGCUCACAGGCUCCCCUACUGUUGUCGAGCAAGUUCUUCCAGAUGAACUCCACCCGAACAUCACCCAAGUAAUUCCACGCCUCACAGAAGGCGGUGCUUUUGUCAAAUUAUCUCAUGGUCCUGAAACCUCGGGUUCAGACAUUAUCGAGGUCAUUACCCAGCACUUACACGAGAAUCCCGUAAAGCCGUGGUUUACUCUCUUCAAUUCUGCCAGUGCAGCGCUUGUGCGUGGGCGCCCUUGGGUAGAGGACUUAUCCUACCGGUUUCCAAGUUCAAGGGUCAAGGUUGAGUUCCUGCCCGUGUCUUCGGACGCCCCUGCCGCAGAGCUUACCCAGGAGAAUCUCUACACACUUGCUAGGACAUACGGCAAAUUGACCGACAUUAUCCCUCAGCCCGCAGACUCAAAGGUCGUCCCAAGAUACGCUUUGCUUGACUUUUCCAACCCAGUGAGCGCUGUGAUGGCGAAAAACUGUCUUCAUGGAUUCAAGGUUCCUUCAGGCGAUAUUGGAGGCAAGGCUGGGACUAUCCUGCACUUUAGCUACGAGCGAAAGAUCAAAGCACAUUGGAUAAGAGACUGGUUUUUCAGCCAUCCCCGAAUUGUACUUCCAAUUCUUGUUGCUAUCUUGGCUGGGAUUACUGUCGCGAUUUUUGAUCCGAUAAGGACGUUUUUCAUCAGGCUCAAGAUAUCUCCUCCAUUGCAGUUCCAGGAUAAUAGGCUAUGGAUGUGGCUUCAGAGACAGGCCACGAAAGCAAACUCUCUAUUUUCCCUUCAUCGAGGCCAAAUUCAUGAGUCGAAAGGCCUUAACGAGAUUUGGGAAGAGAGAAAGGAAGAUGCCCAGCAGAUUCAGAACUGGCUCGUGGAAGGAAACGAUACCUUUAUUGUUGUGCAUGGACCCCGAGGUUUAGGAAAGAAAGAAUUUGUUUUGGACGAAGCGCUGAAAAAUUACAAGAACAAACUGGUCAUUGACUGCAAACCUAUUCAAGAGGCUCCAGGGGACAGCACAAUGAUAGCUGCAGCCGCUGCAGAGGUUGGAUAUAAACCGGUAUUCUCCUGGAUGAAUAGUAUUAGCAGUGUGAUUGAUGUUGCUACUCAAAGUGCCAUUGGUACAAAGGCCGGACUGUCUGAGACGCUGGAUACACAACUUGGCAAUAUAUUGCGAAAUACUGCUAAGGCCCUGAAAAAGGUUGCCUUGGACGGGAGGAGAAAGGGUGAUAAAGAUGAUCACCUGAGUGAUGAUGAAUGGCUAGAGGCAAACCCUGCUCGUCGACCGGUCGUUGUUAUUGACAACUUCCUACAUAAAAGCAAAGACAACCAGAUGGUCUACAACAAACUUGCAGAAUGGGCAGCUGCAUUGAUACACACCAAUAUUGCGCAUGUCGUCUUCCUCACCUCAGAUCUUUCCUAUUCGAAAACCUUAAGUCAGGCUUUACCAAAUCAGGUUUUCCAUCUGGUGUCAUUCACUGAUUGCAAACCUGAAGUGGCCAAACGGUUUGUGUUAAGUCAUGUGUCUGGUAGCGAGGAGUCUAAAGGCGUGGACUAUUCCGACGAAAAAUUUAGUCAGGAACUCAGCGGAUGCAUUAAACAGCUCGGAGGCCGUUUAACAGAUCUUGAAUUUUUCGCUCGCAUGAUUUCUAGAGGCCUGACUCCAAAUAAUGCUGUUCAGCAGAUAAUACAUCAGUCUGCGGCGGAAAUUCUUAAGAUAUUUAUCACGGAAGUUGAUCCAAGCUCUCGUGGAUGGACCCCCGAACAAGCAUGGUACUUGAUUAAAAAUCUAGGCACGGCCAAGGCCCAGGCGGGAAAUCACAGCAGCUCAGAUGGAGAUGCAGGCGCAGAUGCUAGCAUUCGAUACAGUGAUAUAAUUCUCUCGGACCUGUUCAAGAAGGAUGGCGAAGCUACCCUUCUCGCCCUUGAAAAAGCAGAGCUUAUCACGGUCAUUUCGAAGAACGGACGCCCUUCGAUAAUCAAACCGGGGAAACCAGUACUUGCUGCUGCAUUCAAUCAGUUGGUUGAGGACAAGGUGCUGAGAAGCAGGCUUGACCUAAGAAUCCUCGGCCAAAUGAUCGCAAUACAAAACCAAGCAAUUAAUAAAAUUGAAGACGAGCUACAAGUUCUGGGGUCUUUCCCAAAAGAACCCAGUGAAGCGAGGAGAAGGAUUAAAUGGUUGCUAACUAACUUAGCUCUGAGCCAGGCAAAGAUCGAUCAAUACGAGAUGGAGAGUGCACAGAUAAAGCUGGUUUUAAAGACCGAGUUUUAA